AUUACUGGCCGUUAUCGCCAGCUGAAGGAGCAGCUCCUCUCUGGAUCCGAUGACCUUGCCGGGGAGGUGACCGGAUCCGCGGCCCCUGCGAUAUAAUCUUUCCCUCUGAGUCUCAUUUCCUUGUCCUUCUCCUUCUCCCUCUCCUCUCCAAGAGAUCGAGGCUUCGCUCCGAGCGCCAUUAGAGCUCGUUUCGAUUGGAUUUUUCUCAUCUGAGGCAUUAUGGCUAACAAACGUAUUCAGAAGGAGCUUCAGGAUCUGCAAAGAGAUCCUCCAACAUCAUGCAGUGCAGGGCCUGCUGGGGAGGAUCUGUUCCACUGGCAAGCAACAAUCAUGGGUCCUGCAGAGAGCCCCUAUGCUGGAGGAGUGUUCUUUGUUAUGAUUCAUUUCCCACCUGACUAUCCAUUUAAGCCUCCAAAGGUCAACUUUCAGACUAAGGUUUACCACCCAAACAUCAACUCCAAUGGCAGCAUAUGCCUCGACAUCCUCAAGGAACAGUGGAGCCCUGCUCUGACCAUUUCAAAGGUUCUCCUUUCCAUCUGCUCUCUUCUCACUGACCCGAACCCAGACGACCCUCUUGUCCCUGAGAUUGCCCAUAUUUACAAGAAUCAGAGAUCCCGUUACGAGGAGACAGCCAGAGCAUGGACUCAGAAGUAUGCCAUGGGCUGAUGGCUUGCUGCUUGCAAACGCAGCAGGUAGAACUUUUUGUUUCCAAGGACUAAAAGUCUAAAACCAGACUAAGUGCUAGUGCUAGUUUAAAAUGUCAUAGCAUGCUUGGUUUUAUAUAUUGACGUUGGAUGGAGCCUAAUGUUAUGGUACUUUGUGGUAGGUUUUGAGUCCUCCGUGGAACUAUCAACACGUGAGGCAGGUUUCUCUGCAUCCAAACUCUGAAUUUAUAAAAUUAAAAGGCCUUGUUAAGCAUGGGCACUGGAAUAUUUGAUGGUGCUGCCUGAUUGCUAAUUAUUUUCCUGAAGAUGGUGUCAUGUAUCUGUUUGCUGGCUAGGAAAACCUAAUUAUGAUACCUUAGGACCUGUUUAGCUCCUGCAUCGAAUAAUAUGACAAUGGUCGGAUGAA